AAUUAGUAUUACAAAUACAGAAUAAGGAUUUUAUUCAUCACAUUCAUCUAGCACCUACACAUUUCCACAUCCAUCUUACUCUUAAAUAAAUUGAUGGUGUUGGAAACACUCAUCAUAUGCCAACUAUCCCACUAAACACUCAUCAUUCCACUAAACACUCAUUAUUCCACACACUCAUCAUUCCACUAAACACUCUUUACACCUUCUUUUGCCAGCCAUCUUCUACACUUUAACAUCUCAACAUGCAAUUAGCUUUUAUUUAAUCAAAAUCAGCAACCAACAUUCCUCCCAUUCCUCCUAACAUUCUGAUCCAAGCUAUUCUUAUGCUUGAAUUAUAAUUCACUGAUUCCAGCUUUCCAAAUCAGUUUCCAAGAUUUCCCAAAACAAGAAAGAGGUAAUAAACGUCCAUUAAUUCUUCCAAUUCUUUCAUAGUUUUCAGAUCCAAAAUUUCAUUGUUAAGCUUGGCUGAAUAAAUUCGCAGAUCCAAUUUUGGUGAAUUCAGAAAGAAGAUUUUCCUCAUUUCCUACUCAUAUCAAGGUCCGGGCGACAGAAAGUGAAGCAGAAGAAGAAACGACUCCACGCCAGCUUUAAGAACAAUUGAGAAUGCCUCCCAGAAGAGCCCCAAGAAACAAUGUGGGAACCGCAAACGAACCCCCACGAAGGGUUGAGGAACUUUUUCUUAAACAGAGCCCGCCAACAUUCAACGGGACCGGCAACCCGACUGAUGCCGAAAUCUGGAUUAGAGCAAUGGAAAGGAUUUUCGACUUUCUUCACUGUACUGAUCAAGAGAGACUCUCUUGUGUUGCAUUCCAACUAACUGGGUCGGCAGAUUUUUGGUGGGAAACCAAGAAGAGGGCAAUGACCCUCGAACAAUUGGAAAACCUGACUUGGGAAGACUUCAAGACGGAGAUCUACGAUAAAUACAUUCCCAAGAGCUACAGAAAGAAGAAAGAGACGGAGUUUUUCAAUCUGAAACAAAACAAGAUGUCCGUGACGGAAUACGAUCGCGCUUUCUGCGACAUGUCUCGCUAUGCCCCUCAUCUGAUCGACACUGAUGAAAAGAUGGCCGAGAAGUUUCGUUCAGGCCUUAGGCAUGAGAUCAAGAUGGCGCUUGCUAGUCAUGGUGAUCUCACCCACUCUGAAGCACUUAGCAGAGCCCUGGAUGUUGAAGCAGCAAUGCCUGAAGACCGCCCAACCCAGACUCAAGCUCCGGGAAACAACGAUCGUGGGAAGAGAAAAUGGGAAGGCAACAACAACAAUAAUAGGGGUUACUACAACAACCAAGAUAACAAGAGGCCAUGGCAAGGAAACAUGAUGCCACAAAGGCAAUGGCAAGGACGACCAGUCAAUCCAGGAUCAGCUGGAAACAAUCAGGGCCAGCUCAGGGCACCUUUAUGUCCCAAAUGCUCCAAGUCACAUCACGGCAUAUGCUUGGCUGGCAGCAAUACCUGCUUUAAGUGUGGCCAGAAGGGCCAUUUUGCCAGAGACUGCCAAGGAAAACCACAAGGAGGAAUGAGAGGGCCGAAUCAGCCGGGCCAAGUACAACCACUCAGGGCUAUCCAAGGCCAACAGUUACUCUACCCACCACCACAGCAGCAGUAUCGACCUGCGGCACGUCCACCGCAAAUUCCACAGGCAAGAGCCUAUGCCUUGCACAAGAAUAAGCAAGGAAACAACCAAGGGAAUUUGGCAGGUAUGGGCACAUUACUUGACACACCUGUUAUACUUCUGUUCGACACGGGUGCCUCGCAUUCUUUUAUUGCAAGUGUAUGUGUAAAAACUUUAAAGCUCCAACCUGAAAAGACUAAUCAGGACUUGAGAAUUUCUUCACCAAUAGGAGGAAUAGCAGUAGUAACACAUGCUUGCUCGAACCUAGAACUGACCAUAGGAUCGUUUAAGGUUAUAGCAAACAACUUGCAUGUUAUAUCGAUGGAGGACGUUGAUAUAAUCCUGGGAAUGGACUGGCUAGCGGAGAACUAUGCCACGAUAUUGUGCCAAGAGCGGAAAAUCGGUUUCAACUUUCCAGGAAGGGACGCUUUGAGUUUCCACGGAAUAUGCAGGAGGAACAGAGUGCCGACUAUUUCAGCUUUACAGGCAAGGAAGAUGAUGAGCAAGAAAGACUGCCAAGCCUUCCUCGUAUACCUGAACGGGGGAAUUGAGACCGAAAAGACAAUGGAAGAUGUAGAGAUCGUGCGGGAUUUUCAAGAUGGAUGA